UUUUUAAUCGAAGAAGGUUAUCCCGCUUCUUUAAGUCAGUGAAUAGGGAUUUCAGAGUCCAGACAUCUCCGGUAGAGCAUCAAACUUCGAAAAACAUGAACCGACAUGUGUCACACGGUCAAGUUAAAGGAGUCAGCACCGGGACCACAAUAUUAGCAGUGAAAUAUGCUGGAGGUGUCAUUAUUGGCUCAGACUCGCGAGCCUCAAUGGGAGAGUCUUAUGUUUCAUCAAAGGUAAUCAACAAACUAGUUCAGGUUCAUGACAGAAUAUUUUGCUGCAUGGCUGGAUCACUUGCUGAUGCUCAAGCCAUCACACGUGCAGCCAAAUUCCAGCUGGCAUUCCACAGUAUUCAAAUGGAUGAACCUCCUCUUGUGAUGGCAGCAGCAUCCAUUAUGCAGGAACUAUGCUACCAGCACAAAGAGGAGCUCUCUGCUGGCUUCAUUACUGCUGGCUGGGACAGGAAAAAAGGGCCACAGGUGUACUCUGUUUCCUUGGGGGGAAUGCUUGUGAGUCAGCCCUUCACCAUUGGCGGGUCAGGAAGCACAUACAUAUAUGGUUAUGUGGAUGCAAAGUACAAACCAGGAAUGACAAGAGAGGAGUGUCAGACCUUUGCCGUCAAUGCACUGGCUCUGGCAAUGGGAAGAGACAAUGUAAGUGGAGGUGUUGCCCACUUGGCCAUCAUUUCUGAAAAGGGUGUUGAACAUGUGGUCGUUCCAGGAAACAAGUUGCCGAAAUUCAAUGAUAAAUAGACUGCUGUUGAUAUUCAUCCUUAAUGUUUGACAGAACUUGUGUUUAACAUGCAAUAAAAGUUCUGUUUUCAAAAAUA